CUUAGUUACUCAUCGUGUUUCAAUCGAGUGAGUCGCGGGAAAGCAGUGUGUUGAUUUAGGGAUCCAAGAACAGUACGCGCCCGCGCGCGCACACACACACACACACACACACACACACACACACACACACACACACACACACACACACACACACAAAAGUACCUUCUAUGAAAGAUACACACAAACAAGCCUGCACUGACACAAGACUACCGAUUCGGGUGAUAGCACUCAAGUCGAUGUAGGCGAGCAGAUGUGAUUGAGAGGUAUAUCGAAGGGAGAGGUUUUUGCAUGCACUGCCUCCUCAUACUUCAAGGUGUGGGUGGCCUAAGCAGAGUGCCGAGAUGUGUUGGCCAGGCCGGGAACAGGUGUGUGUGGCAGGACGUCGGGCAGGUGUUGUGGCGGCCGUGCUCGUGAUGCUGCUGUGUGCCGGCUCAGCGGCAGGUCACUGUCUAAGCCACAUCAGCGUCACGGGGGAGGCCAUGGUGACGGGGAAUGCAGACACCGUCAACGUUACUCUGCUGCUGCGGGAGACGACGGAGGUGGGGCGGCUACUGUACCGGCUGGCGUGGGGCGAGGAGGUGGCGGCCCCGAACAUACCCGAACCAGAAGAGUUUGCUAGUUACUUCCUCGUGGAUAAUUCUGUUGCGGGGGAGCUAAGAGUCCUUCUGAAGAGAUCACUCGUUGGGCUGCCCGACUAUCCGAUGCUAAAGACUGACUUUUCGACUCUGGUGGCGCUCCCAGCGUUCAGCGACGGCCGGCAGUGCUUGGUGCGGCUGUCACACUUACUGCAGGACGACAACACUCACGCUCCGGACGUGGAGGCGUCGCUCUCCUUCCUGCAGGUGGCUAAGAGUUUUCCUGCCGCCACCCCGCUGCAGGGAGUCACGGUGACGGUGACGGACAACGACGCCACGGCACCCAAUAACCUGAUGGAGUUGGGCGUGGUGGGCGCGUGUCCCUUGGCUGUGGCGGCGGCGGCGGAGACGACGGCAGGGACGGAGGCGGGGCGGUACGGAGGCGCGGCGGGUCAGAGGCAUACAGUCCGCUUUCAUCUGACCUCGCCCCUUCAUGACCUGGGCAACGAGACCCUCACCUGCGUCCUAAGGGUCACGGAUCUGGGCAGCCCACCGUUAUCCUCCACUGUCACCUUCACUCUACAAGUGGUGGAUGAAGAGUCACCCAUCACCAGCAGUAUCAACACCGACACACCUCUACACCUGGCCCUCCCCUUCUACCUGGCCGAGGUGUGGCCCGGCAUGGACGCCGGGACGCCCCUCACCACGUCUCCUGAGUCUGUAGGGGUCCAAGGAGGUGACCCGACGCUACAAGAGGUCACUUAUACCUUGAGGGACGCCUGGCCAGGUAACGGGACAGAGUACUUCGCCAUUAACAGUGCCACGGGACAGGUGAGGUUGAGGAGGACGCUGGACGCUACUGUACCCACGGCGGACGGCGGCAACGGCGGAUUCGUACCUAUACUUAUCCAGGCCCAGGACUCCAGCGGCAGGGUCAGCACCGCCGUUCUACAGGUCAGAAUGAGUUCAUUAGUCAACCCAAAACAAACCACCCACGACCUGCAGCCAUCCAGUCGUCUCGUCUCAUCCAGCCACCCUCAACCCUCCCAAAGUCACCUACAUCCAUCCACCUUAGCCUCACCCAGUCAGCCAAACUCAUUCAUACACCCUGCCAAAGUCUCCCUUCCUGAUACAUCCAGUCACCCACAAGCCCUCACCCACACUGACUCCCUCGCCGCCUGCCUUUGCCCCAGCCCCAGUAGUCGAGGGAGAGCAAGACUGGAUUUCUCAAGGCUGAGCUACGCCGCUGAAGUGUUCCUAAAAGACACCUUCGUCGGGAGGGUCGAGGCAAGGGUGGUGGGUCUCCACGGUGGCCUGGUCCACUACUCCUGGGCCCCGGGAACCAACACCACCAGCUUCCUCGUCAACGGUACCAGCGGCGUCAUCUCGGUGGCCCCGGCUGGCGUGUCACCGGGGCAGCAUCACCUAACAAUCCGUGCCACUGCGGGCCCCCUCACCACCACGGCUCAGGUGACAGUGCGGGUGCGUGAGGAAGUAGAGGAAAAGAAGACGAAGAAAAAGAAGCAGGAUGAUGAUGGGGACGUGUUCAUAGGACUUCUAAGUGGCUCUCAGAGAACCUGUGACCCGGAGGAGCUCGUGGGACUAAAGGUGGCCGUGGGGGUGCUCGCCGCACUGCUGGGCGUUGUGCUCCUCGCGGGGUGUGUGGUCGGGGCGCUGCUGUACAGAAGGAGGAAGGCGAGAGCACGGACGGAAGUGAAGCACAUUAGCACCCUCGGCAGCGCGUACCCCAACCUCUCCUUCAGCAGGGACAGCCCGGAGUGAUCAGAAUGCAGGCUCAGGAGGGGACAAACUGCUGCUAAGGCACGCACUGGCUGGGCUGGGCUGGACGGGCUGGCUGGAAUGAGAACACAUACAUAUCACGAUGCAUAUGGACCUGCCUAAGACACCUAUACCAGGGGAUAUAUAUUGUGAGCUAAAUAUUUAUGAUUAAUAUUUAGGUAAAAAAUCUAUAAAAUGUGUGUGUGUGUGUGUAUAUAUAUAUAUAUAUAU